CACCGUUUACCUGGUAUUAUAAUAAUUAAUAGGUAUUGUAUUACUAUACAAAACAAUAUUAGGUAUACUUUUUCGUUUAUUGUAUCAGAUUAUCAAAAAGUGGACGGAUCGACAUUCGACAAUCGUUGCUUGUUUCGGCCGAAUUCCGUUCAAAUCGUGGCUUGACGCAGUUACGUGCUCUUCGAGUGUUAUUUUUCUCGACAUUGCUCCCGYCGAGUCGCAGAACUUCCGGUAUUUCAAUUGUCCAAUCGACAACGUUUAUGUUUUUGUGAUUUCAACCGACGACCAUGUAAUCUGCGAAGUCUCCAGUAUCUCGUUUUAUAAUAAUCCUAUGAAGAAUGUCGUCGAUGCAUGAACAAAAACCUUCGAUUAACAAUGUUUUGGAUCUGUUGGCUCAACAGUUUAUCGUGAUUUCUGGUGGUAAAACUAGAGAAGGUUAUUCUAUUAUAUCAUUUCCUGAUACUGGAAAUUUUGUUGAUUUACCCGACAAGGACUACGAAAAAUUAAUAUCUUAUAUUACUUCAGUUCCGUCAUUGCAGGAAGCUGAUUUAGGUUUUGUUGUUGUUAUUGAUAGACGUAAUGACAAAUGGAGUUCAGUUAGAUAUGUUCUCUUACGUUUAGCAGAAUUCUUCCCUGGGCUUAUACACAUAGUCUAUGUGAUCCGACCAAAUGGUUUUUUACAAAAAGCUAUAUCAGAAGUGAGCAAUAAGUUCUUUAAAGAGGAAUUUAAAUUUAAAGUGGUUAUAUGCAGUGUCAUUGAAGAGUUACAUGAUUAUGUAGAUAACACUGAACUUACUGUUGAGCUUAAUGGUACUUUGCCGUAUUUUCAUCAGCAUUGGAUACAACAAAGAAUGGCUUUAGAAAAUUUUUCAAAUGAAACCAAUGAGGUUUCUUCAAUGCUAAAUGAAUUCACUGAACGUCUAGCAAAUGACACAGUUGAUUUGCCAGAUACUAGAGAACAAGCUGCAGAUCUUUUAUGUCGUCAUGCAGUUGAAUAUGGGAGAUUGAAAAAAUGUUUUUCUGAAGCUGUUAAAAAAGGUGAAACUUUGUUGAGUGAUUUCAAACAAGACACUGAUACAUACCAUGGUACAAUACCAUCAACAGUUACCAAUGUUGCUGCAUUGGAAAGAUUGUUGGUACAAAUGGAAGAAACAGAAAAAGUGUUUGAUGAUUUUUGGGAACAGUUUUCUGGACGUUUAAAACAAUGCCAUUCAUUGCGUGCAUUUGAAGAAAAUUUUAAUAUUGUUCAAAGUUCAUUAAAUGAAAACUUGAAAAUUCUAUCUGAAAUGACUGAUGUUGGUGAUUCCGUUGAACGAGUUGAAGUAUUACUUGAAGAGUUGGCCACAUUUCAGAAUUCAAUUCAUGAAAAAAUAAAGUUAAGUCAAGAUUUACUAAAUUGUGGUAGACAAUUAUUAGUUUCCAAACGAUUUAUUGUGUUGGAAAGUAUUCAACCAAAAUGUGAUGAGGUUCAACGUCUCCUUCAAACAUUAAAUGAUCGUUUGGAAAGACGGUUGCAGACUCUAAAUAAAAGUUGCGAAUUACAGGCUAGAAUUCAAAAGGCUAGUGAAUGGUGUGCUAAAGGUGUUAUGAUUUUGGGUUCAGAACCAGCUGACAAGUGUAUUAGUGCUGAACAAUCACUUGCAGAACUGGAAGAGUUCAUGAGUAGUGCUCAUCACUUGAAAGUAGAAAGUCCCAGAGAAUUUUACUCAUUAUUUGAAGAUACCAUCACACCYGAAACUAAACCAAUAGUUACACAAGUUCUUCAGAGACUUGAUGAUGUUACCACCAUGUGCGACAAACGUUUGGCAAGUCUUAAGCGUUACAUUAAUAAACCACGGCCUAUUCUAUCUGUGAAUCCUGAACCAGCCAUUCCUAUUAAUUUAGCUAAUAUGACCAAGAUUUCAAAUGGUGUAGAUGAAUGUGAUAGAGGUAUCCAAAAUGAAGAAAAUAAUGCUACUAAAACAAAACAUGUCCUCACUGAACUUUUGUACACAGAACGACAAUAUACUGCUGAAUUAGGCUCUAUACUCAGGGGAUACAAAGAUCAAAUGGAGUUUUCAGAUAUGAAAAACUUAAUACCUGUAAUCUUAAAGGGUAAAAGUGAGAUUCUUUUUGGAAACCUUGAAAGUAUUCAUAGCUUUCAUAAUCAAUUUUUUUUACCGGCUCUUGAAAGUUGUUCAUCAAGUAUUGAAUCUGUUGCUGUCUGUUUUACAGAUAAUAGGGAAAAACUUCUUCAGCUUUAUACUUACUAUUGUGUCAAUCUAACUAGGUCUGAAGAAUUAAGAGAAACAGUUGGUGAAGAUAAUCCUUUUUUCAAAGCAUGUCAAGAAAAACUCGGACACCGUUUGCCACUUGGUGCAUAUUUGCUUUUACCUAUGCAAAGGAUUACCAAAUAUCAACUUUUAUUAAAAGAACUAUUGCAUAAUGAAAAAAAUCAAAAUUGCAUUACCAAGUUACAAAAAGCUCUGGAUUGUAUGUUACUUGUUCUGAAUAAUGUAAAUGACAACAUGCAUCAAAUUGGCAUAACUGGAUUUAAUGGUGAUUGGAAUGAUUUGGGUGGUUUACUUUUGCAAGGGUCAUUCUCUAUGUGGGUUGAAAACAAGAAAGAUUUGUUGAAAGAAUUAAGACUUAAGCCAAUGAGGCGUCAAAUUUUUCUAUACCAACAGGGAUUACUUUUAUGUAAAAAGGUAUCUAAAGAUAAUAAACCAAUGUAUCAUUACAAAAAAUAUUUACGGAUGUCACAGAUAGGACUAACGGAAACUGUCAAAGGAGAUUUAUGUAAAUUCGAAGUAUGGUUAGAAGGGCGUCAGGAAGUUUACACAAUUCAAGCAUCAAAUUUGCAGCAAAAGCAACAAUGGGUGUCUGAAAUUAAACGUGUAUUGCUUGAGCAGUUAGCUGAAUUGAAAGGAGAAAAAAUCAAACAGUACAUAAGUACUUUUGGAAAACAUGUAAACUUACGUCAAACACAUUCCUUGGAUAACCAAAGUGAAACAGGAUCUAAUCGUAGUAGACGUCCACUAAGUCAUCACGAAACAACUGAUGAUGAUUCAUCUGACUAUAGCUUGACUGAUGACGAAUCCCUUGAUGGGACAAUCAAACAAAAAACAGCUGAUAGUUAUAUAUCAUUAGCGGACUAUAAUGCACUUCGACCAACAGACGCUACAUUAAAGAGAGGCGAUAAAGUAGAUUUGUUAAAAGCUGGUUCGAGUAGUUGGUGGUAUGUCAAAGUUCAUGGUUCUAAAACAGAAGGCUGGGUCCCAGCCGCACAUUUAGAGAUYAGUGGUCGUAAGUCAUCCCAUAGUUCUCAAUCUGUUUGCAGUCAUGGAUCUACAUCCACAGAAUAA